AUGAAGAAGAGAGAAGAAGAGUGGCGGACAGCGCGGUGUUUAAGAAGGAGGGGUGGUGUCAUGGACCAGAAUCAGAUCAAUUGCCGGGUACUUGUGUUUAGUAUGGAGCUACCAUAUUAA